AUGAAGGAGAAAACCAGAGAUCCCGACUAUGAUCCAAACAAGACAAAAAAGAAAAGAAAGAACGCUGGGAAGAUAGGGCAAAUUGGAAAUCUCAUUAGACCAGUUCUUUUCGAGAACAGCUACGGUGUCAUGUAUGAAGGAAAUAUUAAACGCAAAAACAUCGUCAAGGAAAUUUUUCUCAAAAAAAGCCAAUUUAUUACGAGAAAUUUGCAAUUCCCGGAAAGACAAGCAGUUGCUGAAACCAUACUUCACGAGACUGUUGCGCACAAUCAAAUGCUCGCUAUCGAGUAUAGUUUUCCCACACCUGACAAAGUUGCUUCAGCAGGUUACUCUUCACCGAUUCAUUAUCAUACAAUGAAACAGUAUGAUGAGAAAGGAAACCGUAUUUAUCUCGGAAAUUACCAAUUGUAUCAGACGAUUCAGUCAUCGAUCAAUGUGAACAAAGUAAAUGCUUCCGACGUCGAUAGUCUUCGCUGUUUUGAAACUUUUCAUCACCUUCAUCAACUUCCGGAAGUCUAUCAUGAAGCCACAGUUGGCCAAUUUGUUGCUGCGUGCAAAUUGGCCUGUCUCAAAAAUUCAUCCGGCAAUCUUCUUGAAGAUCUCAUCAAAGAACAGAUCUUCAUCUACACUGUUUUUAAGAAUCAAGUCGACACGAAUCUAUUCAAUAAAUCAGCGGUAUCAGUCGGUGUAGACAAUUUCACAUUCUCUCGUUGGUAUCUCUCUACCCACACGUCGCUCGUCGAAAUCCUCAGAUCGUAUGGAAUGUAUUACCCGCCGUCAGUCCUCGCGCCACCAGAUGUCAUCAGGAUCCCAGCCGGCACUCUCAACUACCCAAUUUACAUUGACUGA